CAACCUCCGGUAACCUUCCGCCACACACAGACAGACGACACGGUCUGGGCCACCUCUCACCGCCGCCGAGCUCCCCUCGGCCCCAGGAAGACGACCUUAGACUUUUCUUGAGGAGGAAUAUUUCGCCAAAGGGGGAUUUUAAUGCCUGAGCUAAUAAUACUCCAUCCAGCACUACUCUCGGGUAGUUUGCCGAGCGUGUCUCUUGGCGACGAGCUGCGGCACGGGGCUGUGUCAAUCCGCAAGCUGUGUCUAGGUGCCCUCUCCCAGCCCCUCUCUGGAUGCAUCGGACUCCCCUGCCCCCGGGCCCUGGCCCCGGUGUGUGACCCCACCGGCCUCCCCCUGCUCGCCCUGCCUUCCCUCGCCGUCCUGCGGCUUCCUGCCACUCCAGGAGGCAGAGGCGGCGGGCGAUGGCACCGGCGCAGCGGCGGACCGCCGCGGGCGCCCCCCCCCGCGCCAUGAGCGGCGCCGGCUCCUCGGAGGGUAGGGUUCAGCGGGCCGACGUCACCCCGCAUCACUUCAAGCCCUUCAGCUCGCACGCGCACUACCAGCAGGUGAUGCGCGCGCUGGGUAAGCUCCAGGAGAGUGGCUUCUACUGGGGCGCCGUGGGGGGGCGGGAAGCCAGCUCCCUGCUCCGCUCGGAGCCCCCCGGGACCUUCCUGAUCCGAGACUCCUCGGACCACCACCACUUCUUCACGCUCUCCGUCCAGACGGCCCGCGGGACCAAGAACCUGCGCAUCCACAGCGAGGUGGGCGGCUUCUACCUGCAGCCCGACUCCCAGUGCACCCAGGCGCCCCCCCAGUUCGACUGCGUGCUCAAGCUGGUGGCACACUACAUGGGGAAGGGGCCCGAGGGCGGCGAGCUGAAAGGCCGCUGCGUUUACCUCAUCCACACCGGCGGGGAGCGCAUCCCCCUGGAGUUGCUGCGGCCCCUCUUCAACUCCCUGUCGUCCCUGCAGCACAUGUGCAGGAGGACCCUGAACAAUCAAGGCCUGGGGGGGUCGGAGCGGGUCCAGCAGCUCCCGCACACGCUCAGAGACUUCCUGGAGGAGUACGACGCCCCCAUAUGACCGGCAGGACGCGGACCAAGGAUCUUCCGGACCUGGACCGGUCAGUGUUUUUUUUGGGGAAGGGUCACGUGACCCUCGGUCACCAAGCUUGCCUGCCAGACCGAGAUAUGGGUCAAGGGUCAACUCUCCCUUAGACGCAGAGCAGAGCCUCGUAGAAGACGAAACUCCCCGCUUAGGGGGCCCGAGGGGCGUUUUUUGGCCCCCCCCCCGCCACCGCCUCUGACUUCGACACGGGACCAAACCAAACCCAACGAAAAUUCCCUCGCGGAAGCGACGAUAAUUAGGGGAGGGGCCUGAGGAGCGGGAAGUGGAAUCAGGAAAAAGGACAUUAGCGGCGCUUCUAGGGAAUAACGGUCAGGGGUGCGCGCAGAUGAGUCUUAAAGGCCGACUGAAAUGAGAUGUUCUUAUUUAAACGGGGAUAGCAGCUCCAUUCUAUGAGUCAUACUUCAUCAUUUCACCAUAUUGACAUAUUUUUGCUGAAAGGAUUUAGUAGAGAACAUCCACGAUAAAGUUCGCAACUUUUGGUCGCUAAUAAAAAAGCCUUGCCUGUACCGGAAGUAGCAGGCAAUGUGCGCGUGAUGUCACGGGUUGUGGAGCUCCUCACUUCUGAACAUUGUUUAUAAUGUGAGCCUCCAGCAGCGAGAGCUAUUCGGACCGAGAAAGCGACAAUUUCCCCAUUAAUUUGAACGAGGAUGAAAGAUUCGUGGAUGAGGAAAGUUAGAGUGAGGCACUGCGGCGUAGUGGGUAAAGCGGCCAUGCCAGAAACCUGAGGGUUGCAGGUUCGCUUCCCACCUAUGGACAUCAAAGUCGCUGCCGUUGUGUCCUUGGGCAGGACACUUCACCUUUGCCCCCGGUGCCGCUCACACUGGUGAAUGAAUGAUGAAUAAAUAAUAGGAUGUGGUCGGAGGGGCCGUAGGUGCAAACUGGCAGCCACGCUUCUGUCAGUCUA